AUGACAUCCAUUCCUCUAGAUUCGUUUCGCCGGGAUCGGCCGCUGGCCGAGUCGAUAGCUAUCGCCACGCGAAGUAUUCACGCCAGACUUAACAAGCUGAUUAUUGAAAGGCUUCCACUGGCUUUGCCGCCACAGGCAGGGGAUCCGUUUGUAUAUGCUUCUGGUUUACUGCACAUCGCCCCUAUUUAUACGACAUUCGAGUCAAUAUGGAGUGUUAUUGUCCACGGUUCUCUGGAGUAUAGCGAGCAUGGCCAAGGUGACUCGGGCGGAUCAAAGCCUAGCAAACCGGUUGUUUCGGAUCAGUUGCGAGAAAUGCUGAACGCAUUGUACAUUCCCGGCUUGAUGCGCGCGGACCGGCUUGUUGCGGAUAUUCAGUCCAUGGCAGGAUGGACGGACGCCGCGACGAGGGAACAGCUCGAAAUGACCAGCAAAACAGGCCAUCUCGCGGAAGUUGUCAGCCACAUCAAGCGCGCCAUCAAGAACAAGCCUCAUGUUCUCCUCGCCUACUCGUACAUCAUGUACAUGGCGCUCUUUGCCGGAGGGCGAUUUAUACGGGCCACGCUCGAGUCUGCGGGCAAGGAAUUUUGGGAUACGACAGCCUCUUCUGCAAUACCAACAACCUCACGGCCAAGCCAAGACGAUUUUGCGGACGGGACACAGAACCAUCAAACCGAGACAUGGCCUCGCCGCUCCCACGGCUGCCUGCCGCUUCGCUUCUUCCACUUUGACACCCCCGAAGACGGCGAAGAUUUGAAGCGAGACUACAAGCAGAAGCUAGCAGAUUGCGACGCAACGCUGAGCUAUCAGGAAAAGCACGACAUUGUGCAGGAGGCGAUUUGCAUAUUCGAAAACCUGGUCCUGGUAGUCGCCCAGCUGGACACCGUCGUGGCCACAGGCCCGAUCAAACCACCUGCUGACAGCCCAACCUCUGUCGAAUCUGCCGCCUCCACAAUCAAACACCCCUUGAUGCUCCUACGCUUCCGGGACAGCGUGGUUGUCGCAAAAGAACGCAGUGCAAGGAGCUCGUCGAACAGAAUGUCAGGCAUGUCAAGCGGCAGCAGCAGCGACAACGGAGACGACCCCAAAUCAGGGGACAGCAAAACACCCGCUGCCCACAUGCCCGAGGAGGCACUCGCCUCCGAGCCGCAUAAUCACCCAACCAUGCCCUCCACCACAGACAUGGAGCCCUGCCCCGCGUCAUCCAAAUCCGUGAGAUUCGAAAAGACACUCCCUCACCCCUCACGAAGCGACCUCGGCGGCGUGGCGGACUCGACGGCAGACCUGACAGAAAGCCUCAGGAUGGCUUCGAAGCGCCUUCGUCGAGAACACGUCACCAAUUGGGUAUUGGGGGUCGCAAUCGGGAUCAUCGUCGCUGGGGUCCUCUUCUCGGGUCGCCGGGCCGCAUCUUCGGAGUAG